ACGAGACAAAUGUAAAUGCAAAUCGAUAAAUACUCGCAUAAUCUCGAAAGGCGGCGCGACGAUGCCUGGCUGCAACACCUUCGCUCGAAUUUCAAAAGAGACAGUUCAUGGGCGUUUCUUCGAACGUGUUAUCCGACUGAGAUACGCGAACCAGAUCGGCUGAAUCUUUGUUCGCGAUAUUUGGGCGGAGACCCCUCUGCUGAAAUCACUGUCGAAUCAGAACUGCAGAAAUCGAGAGUGCUGGCUCGUGUUCAAAGGACCCUCCACGUUCUCCACAACUCCGAGCAGCCAGCAUCCGUGUUCGCCAUCCUGGAAUCCGGGAACAAGGUGGUGCCAUUGAUAGCGGACGGACUAUUCGAUCUGUUAAUGUACAAAAUAUCCAGCAUCUACACGAACAAGAUGCAAAAAGUCGAAUCAAAAGGGCCACGGUUCGAAAUCGGUGAUUUCUGCGUGAAACUCGGCAGCGUGACCAUCAAUCAGAAUUUCAAAGGUGUCCUCGUUGAGGUGGAAUAUAGACCUUGUGUUGUUCCGGGAAGCGCAUGGGAAUUGAUGCGUGAAUUUUUGCAGGGGUUCCUUGGAUCUACCGUGUCCAAUCAAGCGCCACAAUAUUUACAAAAUCGAAUGAAUGAUAUUUAUCAACCUUUGGACACGAUACAACAAUAUUUGGAACACUUUGGGCAAUACAGAAAAGCCACAGGUGUAAAACAAACUACAACAAUACGAGAAGUUAAAGAAGAAUUAUACAAAUUAAAGAAAGCACCACCAGUACAGAGACAAUGCUUAAAGUUGGAUAUUAAAGGAAAGGCUUUAUCUGAUUCAGAUACCUUGAAAAGUUUAUCUGUUUCCGAUGGUAGUAAACUUUAUUUAAAAGAUCUUGGACCUCAGAUUAGUUGGAAAACUGUAUUCUUAGUGGAAUACGCUGGUCCGUUAGUUCUCUAUCUGUGGAUGUAUGGUCGUCCAUGGAUUUUUUAUGGUGAUGUUGGUACAUCUAAAAUUGAUACCACAGUUCAUGUGGCAGCUAUAUGUUGGUCAAUCCAUUAUGCAAAACGUCUUUUAGAGACAUUAUUCGUGCAUCGCUUUAGCCAUGCAACAAUGCCACUACGCAAUCUCUUUAAAAAUUGUACAUACUAUUGGAUGUUUGCUAUGUAUGUGGCAUAUCAUGUAAAUCAUCCUCUAUUUACAUCUCCAUGCAGAUGCCAGUUUAUGACUGGUGUAGUAAUGUUUGCGCUUUGUGAAUUGGGUAAUCUGAGUAUUCAUUUAGCUCUAAGGAACUUGAGACCACCAGGAACUACCAUAAGGAAGAUACCUGUACCCACCAAAAACCCCUUCACUCUGUUGUUCAAUUUUGUCUCAUGCCCCAAUUAUACUUAUGAAAUUGGUAGCUGGAUCGGUUUCACUAUCAUGACUUCGUGUCUUCCAGCUGCUCUGUUUACUUUUGCCGGCGCAUAUCAAAUGACUAUUUGGGCAUUAGGAAAGCAUAAAGCAUACAGGAAAGAGUUCUCCAAUUAUCCCAAAAAUCGAAAAGCAAUUAUUCCAUUUGUUCUUUAAAUACCAUGUAAAUUUUAUUUUUACUUCAAGGGCAUAAUACUGGUAAAUAUUAAAAUAUUUUUUGUUCCAUUUUGUUA